AACACAACGAGAUGAAAGCAAAUUUAUUUUAUCAUUAAUUAAAGAUGGACAAUGUUUUCAUUAUCGUGCACAUCAUAUGGGAAAUGGAACAUUUCUUGAUGAAAAAACUGAUUCAGUUUUUUAUUCAUUGGAUGAAUUACUUGAAUAUUAUCAAGCAGAUGGUGUGCGUCAUUUGCGUUGUUCAUUAACAAUUCCUUUACGUGGUCAUUCAUUACCAUCAUUUGCACAACGACGUGGUACAACAACUGUUCUUCAUCAAGCAGCUACUAAAGGUCAACGAGAUGUUAUUCAAUCAAUUCUUAAUGAUCAAAAUUGUCCUGAUAUUCAUUCAAAAAAUGAAGAAGGAAAUACACCAUUACAUGAAGCAUGUUUUUUUGGACGAGAUGAUGCUGUUAAAAUAUUAUUACAAGCUGGUGCCAAUUGGAAAUUUGUAAAUAGACUUGGAUGGACAUCUUUACAUCAAGCCGCUUUAGGAAACAGUCCAAAUAUUGUUGAUUUACUUCUUAGUCGUGCUCAUGCAGAUAUCGAUGUACGAAAUCCAUUUAAUUUAUAUGCGCCAAUUCAUUGUGCUGCUGCAUGUAAUAAUCUUGAGACUAUAACAACUUUAAUUGCGCAUGAUUCACCAUUACGACCAUUGACAGAUGCUGGAGAAACACCAUAUGACUUAGCUGUAAAACAUAAUGGAAAUGAAUGUGCUGAUAAACUAUCGGCAGCUCGAUCAAAACCUGCUGUCUCUCGUCGUUCAAGUUACUAUCAUGGUUCAUUGACGAAUAAUCAAAUGCGAGCUUUAUUAAAUUAUUUUAAAAAACAUGAUGGCUUUUUUUUUGUUCGACAAAGUGCAUCUGUUCAAGAUGAUUAUGCGAUAUCAAUUAUUUGGCAAAAUCGACUUGUUCAUGAUAAAAUUCAUAAAAAAAAUUCUAAUUCAUACUAUUUUGAAAAUCCUCUUCAUUAUCAUGAUAGUCUUGAACAUGCUAUUGAUUAUUUUAUGAAAGCAUAUAAAGGUGUUGUUAAACCAUUGAGUCCAGAAACAGCAAAAGUAGCUUAUGCAGUUGAAAUUUCACCUUCAACAUCUCAACGAUUAUUUUUAUCAUCAAGUAAUAGAAGUUUUAAAUCAUCUAAUCAAUUUCUACAUGAUUCAUCUAAUUCCGAUGUUACGGGAACUUCCGACGCUCAUCCAUUUAAUAAAGGACGUUCACAAAAUGUACAUAAUAAACAAAAAAUGCUUUCAACAAUUGAGAAAAGACUUGUUGAUCCACUUGUAAAUAAAAGAGUGGUUAUUAUUCGUGAAGAACAAAUAACAUUUGGUAAACUAUUAGGUGAAGGUAAUUUUGGAAAAGUUUUUGCUGGAGAAUAUCGAGAAGAACAUGGUCGAACUGUACCUGUUGCUAUUAAAGCAUUAAAAGCAACAAUGGAUGGAUCAGUUCGAGAAGAAAUGAAAAAAGAAGCUUUUGUUAUGAAAGAAUUAUCACAUCCAUGUAUCGUUCAAGAACUUUUAUCCAUGGGAUCAUUAUUGGAUUAUUUAAAAAGACAUGUAGAAAAUGCAACACGUUCAUUAUUUAGUUUUUGGGUAAUACAACUAAUACAUGGAAUGGCUUAUAUGGAACGAAAGCGUUUUGUUCAUCGAGAUCUUGCUGCAAGAAAUAUUUUAAUGCAAUCUCAUUCACGAAUAAAAAUAUCUGAUUUUGGUUUAUCACGUAGUGUGGAUUCAAAUGAUUAUUAUGUUCAACACAGCGAUACACCAAUACCAAUUGCAUGGUAUGCACCAGAAUCACUUUUUCAUUUUAAAUUUACAAGUAAAAGUGAUGUUUGGUCAUUUGGUGUGACGAUGUGGGAAAUCUACACAUUCGGUCAAUAUCCGUAUGGAUCAAUGGCUACUGAAGAGAUCACUCAAUUCAUUGAGGCUAAUGGUCGUCUUCAACGCCCAGCUGGUUGCAGUACAUCUGUAUAUGAAGUAAUGCUUCGAUGUUGGACAUAUAAACCACAUGAUCGUCCAUCAUUUCCAGAUUUACUUAAAAUCUUAGCUAAUCGAUCAGAAUUUGUUAAAGCUAUUCAAUAUUUUCAUUCAUUAUCCAAAUAUUAA